UCAUUUAGUGUGUUCGUUUUGCGAAAUGGCUGCUGUUUCGGACUUUUUUUCGAUAGGUAGUAUUGUUUGGUGCAGGACGUGUUACAAUUCCGAAUUCGAAGGUGAAGUACUGGCAUUCGAUCCCCAAACAAAAGUACUUAUAUUGAAAUGCGGCUCAUCGAACGGCGAUCCAAAACUGAACGACGUAGAAUUUAUAAAUCUAUCCCUUGUUAGCGAAUUACAGGUAAAAAAAGAAGUCACUUCGGUACCAGAAGUUCCGCAAUCGCUGAAUUUGCAAAGGCUAAACACGCGAGUACGAAACCAAGUGGAGGAGAAACGCCGCAUGUUGCAGGCGAUAGCGGCGAACGUCUCAUCCGAAGGUCAAAGUCUGUUCAUAGCUAUAUCGAAAGUAAUACAAGAAGUAAGGUGGAGGAAUUCAGAUAUCAUUGUUUGGAAUCAGGAGGUGAUUAUAAGCCCCCCAUAUCAACCUGACAACAUCAGAGGCAACACAAGUAGUAAAGGUUACAGUUUUAUAAAAAAAUUCGUUGAAAAACACAUGAACGAUUUAGCGUUAAAUUCCCAACAUUCUGGCGUGUGUCAGAACAAUCGACCUUCGCAAUAAUAAAACAAAAAGACACCCAGAGAGUAUAAAUUAAGGCGCAAGCCCCGUUAGUUUUUAUCUGUUAUAAUAUACCUCCUUAUAAGAUUCUGAACUGAAAUAUAUUGUUGUCAUUGUGAGUAUUCGACCUGCCCGCGGGGUUCUGUUGAUUUUAGUUCAAAAUCCUCACCACUGGCCUUUUUUUUUUUAAUUAAAUCAACCCCGUUUUUUUCCUGUGGGUUUGGA